CUCAGGCAUCAGCAGCAUGUACUCCAAGAUCGUUUUCCUAUGCGCCCUAGUGGCUACAGCUAGGGCUGGAGGUAUCUUAGCUACAUCUCCAGCUUUUAGCUAUGCUUCUCCAGCCUUCUCUGGUGUAAGGUACGGAGCUGCUAGCAUCGCUGCCUCUCCCGCUGUCUCCUAUGCUGCUGCUCCAGCUUUGUCUUACGCUGCUGCUCCAGCUUUGUCUUAUGCUGCCGCUCCAGCCGUCUCCUACGCUGCUGCUCCAGCUUACGGUCUGAGGUACGCUUCCUCAGCUAUUGCUACUCCAGCUAUCAGCUACGCCGCUCCAGCAGCCACCUCCUACUCCAGCUCCUACAGGACCGUCAACAAACCUCUUCUCGCUGCCGCCCCAGCCAUCUCCUACGCUGCCGCUCCAGCUGUAGCCUCUGUGAGAUACGCUUCCUCAGCUAUUGCUGCUCCAGCUAUCAGCUACGCCGCUCCAGCAGCCACCUCUUACUCCAGCUCCUACAGGACCGUCAAUAAGCCAAUUCUUGCUGCCGCCCCUGCCAUCUCCUACGCUGCUGCCCCCGCCGUCAGCUACGCCGCUGCUGCCCCAGCCAUCAGCUACGCAGCUCCAGCUGCCACUUCUUACUCCAGUUCUUUCAGAACUGUCAACAAGGCCGUCAUUGCUGCCGCUCCAGCCGUUUCCGUAGCAGCCGCUCCAGCUGUCAGCUAUGCUGCCCCAGCCGUUGCUACCGUUGCCCACGCUCCAGUAGCCACCUCUUACUCCAGCUCUUACAGGACUGUCAAUAAGCCUUUCGCUGUUGCCGCCGCCCCUGCUGUCAGCUACGCCGCUCCAGCCGUAGCCACCGUCGCUGCUGCCCCAGCCAUCAGCUACGCCGCACCUGCUGCCACUUCCUACUCCAGCUCUUUCAGGACCGUCAACAAGGCUGUUGCUGCUGCUGCCCCAGCCGUCAGCUACGCCGCCCCCGCUCUUUCCUAUGCUGCCCCCGCUGUUUCCUACGCUGCCCCAGCCGUUGCUGCAGUUGCCGCUCCAGCUGCCACUUCCUACUCUAGCUCAUACAGGACCGUCAACAAGCCAUUGGCUGUCGCUGCUGCUCCAGCUAUCGCCACCGUUGCUCACGCACCAGUCGCCACAGUAGCCGCUGCUCCAGCCAUCUCAGCUUACAGUUACGGAGGAUACCCAGCUUAUGGUGCUUACGGAGCUUACCGUGGUUACGGAUAUGGAGCUGCCUAUGGCCGUCCUCUCUCUGUCGCCGGUGGACUCUACAGGAGCUACGGACUCGGCCUGAGGUCAUCCGGUCUCGGCUACGGUUAUGGUGGAUACGGUCUCGGCUACGGUUAUGGCGGAUACGGUCUUGGAUACUCAUCCACUCUCGUCCAUUAAGUUUUAGCUUUGGUUCUGGCAUGAGUACCAUUCGUUUUAUCCUACUCUCUAGUCCUCAUGCUACUGAACUCGUUUAAUAAAUAAUUUAUUUUCUA